AUGGCAGAAAUAAUUCUGGAUGUCGAAGCAAAGUUGGUGAAUGAUAUUUUGAGGAAUUUCAAACUCACUUCUGAAACACCAUUUGAUAUGAUUCAUAAUUCAAACAUUGCCACGAGACGUGUCCAAGAAAGACGCUGUAACCGUACUCCACCACUAACUUAUAAUGAAUUAACAUCAAUGAUAGGUUCGAGUCGUAGUGAAUCUUCCGCAGGUCAAAGGGAUCAAUCUGCAUCUCCCACCCGAAGAGUUCCUAAAGAGGUGAGAGAACGGAGUUCAUCUGUUGUUAAUAGGAGGAGUCAAAGACAAUCACCAUAUAUAUCUUUAACUCAUGAUGAAAUCAACAUUAAUACAAACAAUCCUGAUGUGGGAAAUUCCAAACAAAAUAUUGAAACAAUACCUCUUCAACCUCCACCCCUAUGA